CUUCAUUUUCACCCAAUCUCACCUCCUCCAUUCACCGGAAGACCAAAACCAUGUCAGACCCAAAACCCAGACUAGUCUGCUGCAUCGGCGACAUCCACGGCUUCCACACCAAGCUCCAAAACCUCUGGUCCAAUCUCGAAUCCUCCACCCCUUCUUCCGACUUCGCCACCGCCCUCAUCAUCUUCCUCGGCGACUACUGCGACCGCGGCCCCGAAACCAACAAAGUCCUCGACUUCCUCAUCUCCCUCCCCUCCCGAUACCCACGUCAGAAACACGUCUUCAUCGCCGGAAACCACGACUUCGCCUUCGCCGCAUUUCUCGGAGUCGUGCCUCCGCCGCUGGACGGGUCGGAGUUCCGCGAGGGGUGGAGGGAGUUCGAGGACAAUGAGGAGAGAGAAGGGUGGUUUAAGGGCGAAGGGUAUGAAGGGAUGCAUUUGCAGGGGAGGAGAUGGGCGGGGAGGAUGACGGGGUUUAAUAAGGCCAAGGGGACUGAGUAUCAGGGUUCUAUUUAUGAUGCCGGGCCCACAUUCGAGUCCUACGGGGUGCCUCAUGGCUCUGCUGAUUUGGUGAAGGCAGUUCCUGAUGAUCAUAAGAAGUUUCUUGCCAAUGUGGUCUGGGUGCAUGAAGAGGAUGAUGUCUGUGUAGAGAUUGAGGGUGAAACCAAAUACUAUAAAUUGAUAGCUGUUCAUGCUGGUUUGGAGAAAGAUAAAGAUGUCAAACAACAGUUGGAGUUUCUGAAAGCCAGAGAUACUCGGAUACCUAAGAUAGCGGCUCUGAGUGGCAGGAAAGACGUGUGGAAUAUACCAGAGGAACUGAAAAACACUCCAACUGUUAUUGUAAGUGGUCAUCAUGGGAAACUUCACAUUGAAGGCCUAAGGCUGAUUAUUGAUGAAGGCGGUGGUUUUGCAAAGAACCCUGUGGCUGCAAUUUUGCUCCCCUCGAUGAAGAUAGUCCGUGAUACAGAUGUUUUGGCAAACUAGUUUCAAGUGUCUGGGGUACAUACUACACUGUCAUAUACUCAUCAUAAUAAAGUAUAUGUUUACUAGCAUAAUUUGGUGUUCAGCUACAUCACAGAAUAUGUAAUUUGUAGGAGGGAUAUGGAAAUAUCAAUGGAAUGUUGUUUUGUUGUCGCUGAAGGAAGUAGAAUUUUU